AUGGCGAUUCCUGAAACCUUCAAGGCGGCGCUCGUGACCAAAUCAGGCGCCGAGAACACCAUCACCGACCGAUCCCUGCCUCCCCUGGAGACCGGCGAGGUCGGCAUUAAGAUCACCGCCACGGCGAUCAACCCCGUCGACUGGAAGCUGCGCGAAAUAUCAGGCUUCCUCAAGGAGUUCCCACUGAUAUUCGGAACCGACGCAGCGGGCGAGAUCGCGGCGCUGGGGCCCGGUGUCUCCUACUUUGCCGUUGGGGACUGCGUCUUCUUCCAAGGGAUAAUCUACAAGAAUAAUUUCUCGACGUUCCAGCAGUAUUGCAAGAUGCCGACCCACUUGCUUGCCCGGACCCCAAGCAGCGUCACCGACGAGCAAGGCUAUGGCAUGAGUGCACCCUGGGAUGAAGGUGGUGACAAGGCAGGGAACGGCAAGGCGGUUGUGAUCCUGGGUGGCAGCUCAUCCGUUGGCCAGUACGCAUUUCAGAUGGCAAAGCUGUCGGGCUUCGAAAAGAUCGUGACAAAUUCGAGCGCGGAGCACAUCGAGUUUUUGAAGGGUCUGGGCGCGGACGUCGUCCUCGAAAGAGGAUCCAAGGACGCGACUGAAGACUUCGUGGCAGCCAUCGGCGACUUGCCACUCGCUUUUGUCUACGACGCCAUCUCGGCCAAGGCAACCCAGGCCCAGGGUGUCAAGAUCUUGCAGGCCGCCAACGCCAAAGACAGCUGUGUCGUCACCGUCCUGCCAGCGGACUCGGAAGCGGAGGAGCUGGGAAAGUCCCAUGAACCAAAGGUAGCCGUUAAGGCCAUAUGGGGUGCCGGUAGUGAUCCCAACCUUCUUUUUCUGAGUGAGCCUCUGAUGAAGCAUCUUGGUGGGGAGGAGGGUUGGAUAGCGAAGGGACGCUUCGUACCCAACCGUACGGUGGUGGUCCCGGGUGGCCUUGGUGCUCUUGAAGCCACGUUGGCAAAGAACAAGGAGGGCAUCUCUGGCCGCAAGUUCAUCAUCAAGCCCUCCGAAACAUAG